AAUCGUAUUCAGAAACGAAGUUAUUAAAAAUGUAUCCUAUGUAUUAGGAUUAUAACAUAUUGUCUUGUUAAAUUGCGGUUUGUAAUAACGAUGCAAAAUGUCUAACAAACUAAUUACUUGACUUAUCAACAUUGUUUUAAUCCAUAUGUUAGUUAUGAAGACCGAAUGUUUAUUUCUUGAAAGUUGUUUGUGUUUUUUUUGGAAAACAAUUUUUUGGAAACUUCCCUUUGUAUAGACCUAUAUGCAUCGUGGUUUUCAUAAUUAAAAGGAAAAGCUGCUUUUGCUAACUGAAUUGUAUGAAAUCUAUUUAAUUAUAUGCAUAAUUUCUUAAGUAUUUUUUUACACAAAAUAUAUGUCGAGAUAUGGAAAUAUAUGCAUUAACAGACAAUAAUCCAAUGCGAACACGAGUUUCAUGCUGUGGUGUAAUGACGUAAAGGUAUCGCGUGGACAGAUGGCGUCAACUCGUGAACGCGCAAGAGCAGCAAUGGCCACUUUGGAUCGGCUCAAUCCUAAUAUCGACCAUGUUGGUUUAAACUGGAGUUGUUGGAUAGAUAAAUGGAAUAUUUUAACAGAUAAAGACGUGUUUCCCUUGCAUUCAGGUGGAUCUAAAGAGGAAGACUCCGUUGAUGAGAGCAGAGGCAGCGACACGAUGACCCUCUCCAAAGAAGAUAUGAAAAUCUAUGGCUACUGCCCGGCCCUUGACAACUUCUACCUGGUGGUGUGCAGUCACUGUGGGCAGUUAGUCAAACCCCAGGCGUUCGAGGCUCACUGUGAGAGGCGCCAUGGUGCCCUCAUCAAAAUGUGCAACCCAUCGUCUUGCUUAGCCGACAAGCAAUGCCCCCGGCCUGGGCGCCAGUCCGUGAUACCAUCCUCGAGAGAGAAACACAAAAAGGUGGAAACUCAGGAGGCUGGCGGCUUCUCCAAACCAGCAACCGCACCCCAGCACAGAACCACCAAAGUCCUGACGGAAGAGGCCAGUUCACCGUCAGUCAAGACUUCAGGUCCUCAGGAAGCCCCGCCCUCAUCGCCAUGCCCCUCCCCCUCUAAUACCAGGGCUCCUCCCCGGGACCACCCACCCCUGACCCCGGGGGCGCUCGUCUCCUCGUCCUCGUCGUCACACUCCUCCGCCACAACCUCGGAGAGACCGAAGACGGACACGGGGCCCUCAGGAACCACUCAGAGUCCUCUGCCUGAGGGCCCGAGGACCUACAGUCGGACUCAUAAGAAAGUCUACAGUACGUUUUGUGGCAAGAAGGAAUGCGAUCCGGACAGACACUGCGGGGUGCUGGAUCCAGCUAGGAAGACGCUCUGCACGCGACAGCUUAUGUGCAAUAUCCACUCCAUCCACCAGCGGAGGAGGGUGGAAGGCCGGAGCAGGCCGUUGGACCAGCUGCUGCUGGAGCAGAGGGCCAGCUCUUCAGGCAGCGACGUGGACAAACUCUCAGCCAGUGAGGACUCGCCGACGCCAUAUCUCCAGAAGCCUCAGGACCCGGCCACGCCCAAGCACGUGAAACGCGGCCCCGGCACCAACUGCCCCAUCCUCUGGUCCAGGGAGCCGUCCCGGAGGGCUGCCGAGGAGGAGGGGGACGCCGCGGUGGUGGUGGAGAUCCAGCACCCCUACCCCUUCAACCAGAGCCUGCCCUCCAGUGGGGAGAGCGACGAGGAGGAGGAGGAGGAGGAAGGCGGAGAGAGAGAGGAGGAGGCAGACCCUCAGGAGGAGGAGGAGGAGAAUGGCGAUAUUCCCGCCACUCCCUGGCACCCCAAGCCUCUCGGAUUAUGCACUUUUGGAAGCCAUACUUUGGGUUGUAGCAUAUUCACCUUUGACCGGCGCCUGCAUCACCUGCGGUUCGCCCUCAGCGACAUGGUGGAGCAGCACGUGAACGCCCAUCUGUGGAAGAGAAUACCUCAGGUUCCAGCUGGGCUCCAGUCCCGUCACCCCGCCCCCGCCGCCCAGGGCUCGGCCAUCAGACCCAGAACCUCCUCCUGCGGCCCGCCCAGCUCCCCCUCCUCAGGACCCUCCAGACCCAGGGGAAACCUCCCGGGCGGCGGGUCACCCCGCGCCGCUGGACCCUACCCCACCCGGCUCCCCGUGGGGCGACCGGGCCGGGCACCCCCCAAAGUGCGAGCGCCGGUUCCCAUGGUGACCCAAAGCAGCGUCAGGACGUUCCCGCUCCACGAGAAGAGAGACCAGCGGCGGUGUCCCCCCGCACCUCCCCUCCACCCCCAGGUCACGCCCCCUCGCGGACCGGCCAACAGACACCGACCCCCCGCAGGAUCAAAGCCGUCGGACCCGGGCUCCCCGUCGCUGAGCAGCGGCUGCAGUCGGGCCGCCGCCUUCGCUCCGCCGCCGCACUCCACCCUGCGCCGCGGGGCCGGGGCCAGGGGGCCGGAGCUCAGGGGCCCCGCGCAGAAGCGCAAGAUGAGCGGCUCCGAGGGGCUGGCCAGCGGCCCCCGCCCCCAGCCCUGGAGCUCCGCCCAGUCCCGUCACCCGGCUGGUCCGCCGCCCUCCGGCCUGUUCUCCUGGAGGAAGGGGACCCGGGUGGGCGCUGGCCCUGGAGACUAGCCUGGACCUCUGCAGGUGGCAGACAAGAAACGAGAUCGAGAGAAAAUUCACCUUCACGACCACUUGGAGGAAGAGCCUAGGACAGCCUCUGUGUGUGUGUGUGUGUGUGUGUGUGUGUGUGUGUGUGUGUGUGUGUGUGUGUGUGUGUGUGUGUGUGUGUGUGUGUGUGUGUGUGUGUGUGUGUGUGUGUGUGUGUGUGUGUGUGUGUGUGUGUGUUAUAGACCUGCGAUAUGUGGGUCUGACUAAACAUACUAAAGUGGUAAUCUCGAAGAUUUGCAUGAAAAUAAAUGUCUGUGAAGUCUAUCUAUUGUCGAAUGAGGUAACACAAUAGUCAUUGAGCCUAUGUCCCACUGAUGGAAGCCCUUGCACUUGCAGAAUUAUGAAUGUUACGAACUAGGUGUUUGUUGCACCCCUGUUGGUAUCUCUGAGAAAAAAUACUGCUUAUCGCCGAAGGUGUCGCUAAUGAGAAAGAAACUGAAAUCUUCGAGAUUGCCACUUCAGUGUUUAUUAUUGCAAUGAUUCACACUAUUUGGUAUACGUGGUGAUAUGGGUUAUAGCUGGAUUCUUUUGUAUGGACAUGAAAUACCUCAAUCUAUGUGUUAAGCUGCUAAAGUUAAAUCUCACUAUGGAAACUAAAUAUCAACAAACAUUUAUUCAUCAAUGAAAAUCCCUAAGAAUAAGGUGCUCAGUACUUUGUACACAUUCAUUUGACAGUGUUACUACACGUUUAUUUCAGUGUUACUCUACUAAAGUGUUGUAAUAGACUGAAAUGGUGUACGUUAGGCUACCAUUAAUUAUCAGGGAAUUAAACAAAUGUAGGAUUACAUUUGUUUGUUGCUUAACAUUGCUAUCUGGUGGUAAAAUAAAUCGUUUAAUUGAAUUUGCUUUAUCUGAAUUUAUUGUUACGAUAUCUUGUCAUCAUUCUAUUAAAACAUUUUGAAAUGUG